AGAGUGGUAAUUUCCUUGUUGAUCAGAAAAGUGGGAUAUUGUACGUGGCUUGUAGCUAUACUUCUACAUAGACGUUGGUGUACUCGUCGACUGUACUAUCCCGGUGUCUUGUUAGCUACAACCACACACACAACUAGUGUGUGCUCCCUGUCCUCACACAUGCCACUUUCCGUUGAUGCAAUAUUGUCUAAGCUCCAGAUCAAAGACUCGGAGACUGUAAGCACCAACAACUGGAGGUCGCCAGAUGUUAUAUGUCUACCACCUUCACGACGGACAUGGGGACAUUGGGACUUCUUAGGGUUCUGGAACGUCAUAGCGCUGUCCAUCUCGACAUGGCAGUCCUGUGGAUCUCUACUGGCUUUAGGCCUAAAUGUGUGGCAAUCGAUGUGUGUGGUUAUAAUAGGUAAGAUGAUCAUUUUCGCCGUUGCCCUUUCACAUGGUUGGGGUGGUGCUGUGUGGCACGUUGGCUACCCAAUCUAUAGUCGCUUCACGUUUGGCAUGUACGGAGCGUUUCUAGCACUUAUACAACGUAUUGUGCUGUGUGUCGUCUGGUAUGGUGUUCAGGCAUUUACUGGUGCUCAACUAAUGUCGAUUAUGCUCAGCUGUAUCUUCCCAAGUUUUAUGAAUCUUCAUAAUACACUCCCAGAGUCUGUGCCUAUGACUCUGAAACAGUUUAUUGGAUUUAUCAUCUACAAUGUUCUCUCGAUUCCAUUCCUAUAUAUCCCUCCAGAGAAACUGCAUCAUCCGUUCAAGGUUGUCACAUCUAUCUCGUUCUUUGCAGUCUUUGGAACUGCCAUAGGGUCUAUGGUUCAUGCUCAUGGAGCAGGUGAGGUGCUUCAUUCGAGUUCUUCAAUACAUGGAAGCGCAGAUAUGGGUAUGACUUGGAUGCACGGCAUAAACAUCGUCAUCAACACGUUUGCU